GCAAGAGAAACCAAAGUCCAACUUGGAAUCGUCCUGACAUGAGUGAUCUGAGGAUUGUCCUGCUGGGGAUGAAUAUAUCCGAAAACAACAAAGUGGGAAACUUAAUCUUAAAUAAAAACGUGUUUGGAAAGAAAACACCACAACCUGAUGUAGAGAAGUUCAGUGAAAGAGUGGAGACGAGAAACAUCACAGUCAUCACUCACCUGCUCAAAUCACAAAACCCUGUACAAAAAAUAAUGGAGAAAUCGUUUGAGUUUUCUCCUCCAGAACCUCAUGUGAUCAUACUGGUUCUGCAGCAUAAGGAUUUUAGUAAGAAUAAAAGAAAACGAUUACGGUCUGUACUGAGCCGCUGUGGUGAGCAGGCGAUGAAGCACACAGUGAUUCUGACUACUGAUGAUGAGGCAUGUGACGAUGAACUGAAAUCUGUAAAAGAAAAGGAGUUAAUUCAGCAAUUAUCUACAGAAUGUGGAGGAGGACGUCUUCUACUUCAAAACACACAACACUCUCAGUUACUUAAAAAAGUGGAUGAAAUAAUCCCUCAUAGUAAAUAUAAGGAGACACAACAGGUGUCGGCACUGGAUCAAGAAGGUAGAAGAUCUGAGGGUUCAGUCAGACGGAAAGAGAGAGCAGCAGGUUCUGAGUACAGAGAACAUGAUGAAAGCCAAAAAGCGAUAAGAGAAGAAAAUAGUUCUUGGAAACUUGAAG